AAACCUUUUCUAAAAGUCGAUCUCCUCGCCCCGUCGUAUUUCUGAAGUGUGAAGCCGUGGUGAAGGCUGGUGCUGAGCAGGGGGAUGCCGGCCAAAAUGCAGCUCCUUAUCAGAUGUAAUGGGAGGAUUUUCCUGGCUAUUUGUUUAAUCCUCUUUGUGGGAUACACAGCACAAGGUGCUCCGGUGCAGAAGGCAAGGUACAAGAGAGUGAGGUGCCGACCCGACGCCUGGUCCGCUAACUGCAUCGAAGAGAAGGGGCCCUGGUUUUACAUGCCCACCGGCGGAGCCAACAGGAUCCUUCCUCCCAUGGCAGAUCCGUCCCUGAUGAAGCGAUACCAGGAGCUGGGCGACAUAUUCCCACUCUCAGAUGAGGAGUCCGGCUCUGGGUCCGACGCCACGGUAGAAGUGGAGCCAGCCUCCGGGUCGGGUCUUGGUGAUGGCGACAGCUUCUCCGAAGCGAAGCUGCCCGUCUUCCUAGCAGGCCCACGAGGCAGCGAGCUGAAGCAAAAACUAACGGAGGAGGAUCUGCUCCUGUAGGGCUGGAGACAUCGGCCUCCUCGUGCCGGCAGCGGCCUCCCUCGCCUCCCGCACCCCCUCCCCAGCGCCUGACCCGACGCGAGGGCCACGAAGCCAUUUCAAACCAACUCGGAAGCAAUAAAAACUUUGCCUUAA